GUUGCCCGAGAGUUUGGUUUAGCUGCGACUCCUUUCUUUACGCAGUCUUGUGCUGUAAACUACGUUUACUAUCUUUCUUACAUAAACGAUGGAAGCUUGAAGCUUCCCGUUGAAGAGAUGCCUUUUCUUGAGCUUCAAGAUUUGCCUUCUUUUUUAUCUGCUCCUGGAUCUUACCCUGCUUACUUGAGAUGGUGUUCCAACAGUUUACAAACUUUCAAAAGGCUGAUUUCGUACUAGUUAAUAGCUUCCAAGGGUUGGAGCUUCAUGAGAAGGAGUUGUUGUCAAAAGUUUGUCGUGUGUUGACAAUUGGUCCGACUAUUCCAUCAAUGUACUUAGACCAAAGGAUCAAAUCAGACACAGACUACGAUCUGAAUCUCUUUGAUUCGAAAGACACUGCCAUCUGCACUACCUGGCUCAACACAAAGCCACAAGGGUCUGUGGUGUAUGUAGCAUUCGGGAGCCUUGCUAAGCUGAACAAUGUGCAGAUGGAGGAACUUGCUUCAGCAGUAAGCAACUUCAGCUUCCUGUGGGUUGUCAGAGAUUCAGAGGAGGCAAAACUGCCAUCAGGGUUUCUUGAAACACUCGAUAAAGACAAGUGCUUGGUCUUGAAAUGGAGUCCUCAGCUUGAAGUUCUAUCGAACAAAGCACUACAAGAAAACAAGUCUAUUGCAAGGGAAAUUUGCAAGAGAAAAAUUUCCUCGCAAAUUUGA